GGGCGUGUUCCAUCUGACACUAUUGUCGUACCUGCCUAAUCAGUCGACGAAGACAACACAGGGAACAGCGCAUUAUAGCCCAACAUCGCCACCGCAGCAUCGCAACGACCCGGACCGCCACGCACAGCGACAAAUCAGCCCUUCAGCAUCUCUACCUCGGCGCCGCCCGUAUUACAACCUACACUCGAGCACACCUGUUUCUUUGGAAGGACCCUGUCAACACAACACAGCUUCGAUAUGUCGUUUCUUUUUGGCAGGGCUCGGACGAGGACGGUUGUGGACCUUCCGAAGCAGGCGCGGGAGCAUAUCAUGCGCUUUGACGUACCGAAUGCUGGCACAAGGGGUGAGGAGCUUGCGAAGGUGCUAAGCCAGAUGAAGAUGAUAUUACAAGGAACACAAGAAGCUGAUAGUAGUCCCGAACAAAUCUAUCAGCUAGUGACCGGUUUGAUCGAAGAGGAUUUGCUGUUUCUGCUUGCCGUCAACCUCUGGAGAUUGCCAUUCGAGUCCCGAAAAGACACACAAGUCAUAUUUUCUUACGUCUUUCGAUUCCGCCCGACCACAGCAUCCCCCAAGAGUGACCCAAUUGCACUGUCCUACGUCGUGAACCAAAGACCGCAGGUCCUACUCGAGCUAUGCAGAGGCUACGACCACAAGGAGAGUGCAACGCCGGCUGGCUCCGUGCUCCGAGAAGUUCUCAAGUCCGAAUCUGCCGCCGCCGCCAUUCUGUAUGAUGAUGGAGAUCAGCCAGGCUCUAGUUCCAAAGGCCUCAGUGUCAUUGACAGAGAUCGAAAACAGACCGGCACGGGCGUAUUUUGGAAGUUCUUUGAAUGGGUUGACAAGAGCUCAUUCGAGGUCUCGGCCGAUGCUUUCACUACAUUUCGUGAGCUUCUAACCAGACACAAGGAACUGGUCCCAAGAUACCUGUCCGUCAAUUUCGACCUUUUCUUUGACAAGUACAAUAGCAUCCUGGUGCAGUCAAACAGUUACGUCACGAAGCGCCAGUCUAUCAAGCUACUUGGUGAGAUCCUACUGGAUCGGUCCAACUACAGCGUUAUGACUGCCUACGUCGACCGCGGCGAACAUCUCAAGAUCUGUAUGAACUUGCUCCGUGAUGAUCGCAAGAUGGUACAAUAUGAAGGCUUUCACGUCUUCAAAGUCUUCGUGGCCAACCCACACAAAUCGAUUGCGGUCCAGAAGAUCUUGCUUAUGAAUCGGGAAAAGCUACUGUCGUUUUUAUCCCAUUUCUUGGAGGACAGAACAGAUGAUGAGCAAUUUAUUGAUGAGCGAGAGUUCCUGAUCAAACAGAUUAGGCACAUGCCACCCAACCCCAUCCCUCCGCAGCGGCAUGGUGGUUAAGCAUACCAUGGUGGUCGGAGGGGAAAAUUUACAAGCUUCAUCUAUUCAU